AUCUUUGGAAAAUUGAAAAUUUAAACUCUUUGCUUUUCCUUUUGUUUUGUGUGUUCAAGUCUUUUUUGUGUUGUUUGUAACUAUUUGCAGUAAGUUUGAGUUGAAUGUUUUGUGUUUGUUGUUAAAGUUAAACUGAAGAAUCUGGGGUUAUUAAAUUCUGGUUCUUUACCGUUUAAAUUCAGGGUUUUCUUCUCGUGUGUUUCAUCUUCGUUUUGAAUUCUCACAUUCUUCUCCAUAUCAGCUAUGGAUUACUGUUUUCAGUUGGCUUCGCAUUGCAUGUCCUUCUCUUUGAGUACCGUUUAUUUUAAGACCCAUUUUCCAAUCUGUGUUUAUGUCAUUUUGUGUUGCUUUUUUUUUCUUGGAGUUAAGUAUUUUGCAGUUUAAAACAAAAGGGUAUUUGUUUUCAUGUAAAUUCUACGGUUUUUCUCUUUUUUUUUGGGUAGAUUUUAAUUAAUUUUGUUUUUUGAAAAAGAGCGGAAAAUUGAUGCUUUUGGAUAUUUUAUAGUGAAGGGAGUGAUAUUUAGUCUUGGGAAUCUACUGUAAAGAUAACUUGCAAAAUGGGAUUAGUUCCAGGUGAUAUCCAGGCGGGGCCUUUGAAUGUUGAGAAAUCAAAAGGAAAAAAGAAGAAACAUAGUGAAGAUGGUGAACCUGGUUGUUGGAUUAAGUUUAGGUUUAUUGGGAACUGCUUGUCUCCAAGGACAACAAUGGAGGGUUCUGCAAGUGAAACCAGCACUCCAUAUUCUGAAAGUAGAUCAACGAAUGCGUCAAAUGACGCCACAAAUAAGUCAAAUGACACCAGCAGAGGUCAACCAGUUGUUCCAGUUGUGACAUCUUCAACUACUACCAAUGCCAGAAGUACUCCGUCUACUCCAAACUUAAGUGAGGAGCUUAAAGUUGCUUCUCAGCUUAGAAAAUUCUCCUUUAAUGAGCUUAAGUUAUCAACGAGGAGUUUUAGACCCGAGAGUCUUCUUGGUGAAGGUGGGUUCGGUUGUGUAUUCAAAGGUUGGAUCAAUGAGAGUGGAACUGCUCCGGUAAAACCAGGUACAGGGUUUCCUGUUGCAGUCAAAACCCUAAACCAUAAUGGACUUCAGGGUCAUAGAGAAUGGGUUGCUGAAGUUAAUUUUCUCGGUGACCUCCUCCAUUCUAAUUUGGUAAAGUUGAUUGGUUUUUGCAUCGAGGACGAUCAAAGGCUACUUGUCUAUGAGUUUAUGCCUCGAGGAAGCUUGGAGAAUCACCUUUUCCGAAGGUCCAUGCCUCUUCCUUGGUCUAUCCGAAUGAAAAUUGCACUCGAUGCUGCGAAGGGUCUUGCUUUUCUUCAUGAGGAGGCUGAACGGCCAGUCAUAUAUCGUGACUUUAAAACAUCGAAUAUACUGUUAGAUGCGGAUUACAAUGCCAAACUUUCCGACUUUGGACUUGCCAAAGAUGGUCCGGAGGGAGACAAGACUCAUGUAUCUACUCGAGUGAUGGGAACCUACGGCUAUGCGGCACCUGAGUAUGUUAUGACAGGGCAUCUUACUUCGAAGAGUGACGUCUAUAGCUUUGGGGUGGUUCUCCUUGAGAUGUUGACAGGCCGAAGAUCCAUGGACAAAACCCUACCAAAUGGGGAGCAUAACCUGGUGGAAUGGGCUCGUCCGUACCUUGCUGAGAGACGGAGAUUUUAUCAACUUAUUGAUCCCUAUCUUCAAGGACAGUUUUCAAUAAAAGGUGCUCAGAGAGCUAUUCAAAUGGCAGACCAUUGCCUUAGUCGAGAUCCAAAAUCCAGACCUUUGAUGAGUGAAGUUGUUGAAGCCUUAAAGCCUCUGCCAAAUCUCAAGGAUAUGGCUUGUUCCACUUCUCAGUUCGAAGCCAUCCAAAUUGAGCGAAUGGCAUCGUCUUCAAAAUCUAGAACCGGAAAUAGAGUGCCGGUCGCCUCGUCUACAAGGAAUGGACAACAUGCAAGGAGCCCCCUAACUCCAAAUGGUCCGCAAAUCUCCCCGUUUAAUAACCAUCUUUACCGGUCACCGAAACCUAAUGCUGGCAAACCUCAGCAUUAAGUUUAUGCUUAACCCUGGCUCUGGUUUAGUUCAUUUACAUGUUUUUGAUCUGGGGAUACAAGUAAAUCGUUGUUAAAGUCAAACAUUUUCUUUGUCCAACAGGAAUGUGAUCAAAUAGAACAAACUCCUGGGAAAAAAGAAACAAUGUUUUGGGAAUAAAAGAAAAUUGGUUUCCUGUUCUUUGCU